CGGCGGCGCCUAUUCAAUAGCGACUUUGAUAUCUGAAUUCUCAUUAUUCUUGUGUGAGUGUGCAGUGGCAAAAAGGGGAAAAAAUUAAAGUCAUAAAAAACAAAAAAAAUAAGUAACCAAAUUAAAAUUAGCCCAUCAAAAAAUUCGACGUGAUUCCUGUGCGUAAGAGGGAAAUAUUACGAAAUUCACGAUGACGGGUACUUUCAGUGUUAAAUUGAAAUCGAAAAAAGGUCAAUUCAUUGUCAAGGACUUGACUAAUCAAACAACAAUAGCAGAUCUUAAGCAACGUAUUGCCGAAUUAACUCAAAUCAAAGAACAACAUUUGCACAUGCUUAUGGGCUUCCCCCCAAGGCCAUUGGAUGUGACACAAAAUGUACAGCAAACACUGCAAGCAGCGGGUAUCUGCAAUGGUGAAACACUGAUUGUUGAGGAGAAACAAGCCGAUGCAACGGUUGCACCCCCAGCAGCACCCAGUAUUGAAGACGAUGAAGCCUUGGCACGUCGCCUGCAAGAGGAAGAAGAAAACGAGCUUAGACAAUUGGUGGCGGCAGCCACAAACUCUUCCGACAGCGGUGGUGGUGCAGAACGCCUUACGGCUGCACCUAACGACGGUCUAGGCGUUGGUGGUGGUAGUUUAAAUGGUGUACUCCUAAAGAAAGUUGUACCUGCCGAUAACUCAUGCUUGUUUACCAGCAUACGCUUUGUACUGAAUGGAAAAAUAGACAAUGAAGGCAGUGAAAUGAUGCGUCACAUUAUUGCCCAGGAAGUGGCAGCAAAUACCCAGGAAUACAAUGAUGCUGUUUUGGGUAAAUCAAAUUCGGAAUAUUGUGCAUGGAUACAAAAGCCAGAUUCGUGGGGUGGCGCCAUCGAAGUAGCCAUUCUUUCCAAUUACUAUGGCAUUGAAAUUGAUGUGGUUGAUAUACAAAAUGCUAUCAUUAAUCGUUUUGGAGAAGAUAAAAAUUAUGGCCUAAGAGUAUUCUUGUUAUUCGAUGGCAUACACUAUGAUCCAUUGUAUUUGGAAACUGAGAGUGGUGUACCCGCUACAAUAUUUCCCAUUGAAGAGAUUGGUGUAUAUCAGCAGGCUGAGCAACUGGCGAAGGAAGCCAAAUCUUCUCGACAAUUCACAAAUGUUGAUAAAUUCUCCUUGCGUUGCUUACAGUGUGGCAUAGCUAUGGUGGGUCAAGUGCAGGCCACACAACAUGCCAAAACCACCGGUCAUACAAAUUUCGGAGAAAUAUAAUAUCCUCUAAUAUUGGGUGCCCUCUACAUGUUUGCCUUUUGCGUUUUUAUCUAUUAUCUAAUAACACAAUGGUUUAUGCCCAAUACAACGUUAUAACAUAUAAGAAAAUUCUCCUCUCCCUGACGCCCCAAUAUCAAUUCAAAAAAAGGACAACAGCAACAAGAUAACAAUAAACGAAAAAUAUCGUCGUCUUCUUGAAUUGUUA